UCAGAUGAUCCUGCAUGAAUCUCUGCCACACUGCCACAAUCAGAUGAUCUGAUGGUCACUGUGACCUGCAGAACUUCUUUUUUAAAGGUGUGAAACAGACACUUGGGCUUGCAGAGUCAGUCUGAUCCAUCCAUUUUCAGAUCCAGCAGUCAAACCAUAUGCUGUUAACUCCCCUCCUCCUCAGUGCGCCUGCGCGCCGAUCGCUCUCCACUCCCUCCCUCCCUCCGUCGGUGUUGCUCCGUUCUCUACCUGACAGCUCAUCGCAAGACAUGCACGGAACCAAGCCCGGGGCUUCUCACGAGCAGACAUAAAGGGGCCGGGGCUGUGCAGGUCUGAGGAUCGGGGGGUCUGGGCUGGAUACAGACCGGCUGUGUUGUCCUGAGCAUCCCGCUGCACACCGCGGCAUGGAGCGCUCCUGAUCCCGACAGGACGCCCGGAGAGCACAGCCAUUCUUCUGUCGUCACAUCUCGGAUCUGUUUGGAUAUCUGGAGGCCUGACUAUGUCUGCGAGAGAGAAGGGGACCCUGACCAAAGACAGUGUCAGCCUGCUGCCCUGUUUCUAUUUUGUAGAGCUGCCAAUCCUGGUAUCCUCUGUGGUCAGUCUCUACUUCCUGGAGUGGACAGAUGUGUUCAAGCCAGUGAAGUCCGGCUUCACCUGCCAUGACCGCAGCCUGAGCCUGCCCUACAUCGACCCCAACCAUGAAGUCAUCCCCCUGCUGAUGCUUCUCAGCCUAGCCUUCGCCGGACCUGCCAUAACGAUAAUGAUCGGAGAGGCCAUCCUGUUCUGCUGUCUGUCUCGGAAGAAGAGUGGUGUCGGUGCUGAGGCUAACAUCAACGCCGCUGGCUGCAACUUCAACUCCUUCAUACGCAGAGCUGUCCGCUUCAUUGGUGUUCAUGCAUUCGGUCUUUGUGCCACGGCCCUCAUCACCGACAUCCUCCAGCUAAUGACAGGCUACCCAGCACCCUACUUCCUCACCGUGUGUAAACCCAACUAUACGACACUUAAUGUCAGCUGUGAGCAGAACCCCUACGUCAUGGAGGACAUCUGCUCAGGGGCCGACCCCACAGCCAUCAACCAGGGCAGAAAAUCCUUCCCGUCGCAGCACGCUACCCUCGCAUCCUUCGCCGCUGUCUAUGUUUCGAUGUACUUCAACAGCACUCUGACAGACUCAUCCAAGCUGCUCAAGCCCCUGCUGGUCUUCUCCUUCAUUAUUUGUGCCAUCAUUUGUGGUCUGACCCGGAUCAUUCAGUAUAAGAAUCACGCCAUCGACGUCUACCUGGGCUUCUUGCUUGGAGGUGCUAUCGCUGUCUACCUGGGGUUGUAUGCAGUCGGAAAUUUUCAACCCAGCGAGGAGGCCAGUGCCAGCCCUCCUCCACUGCUCCAUCGCCCCCCUUGCUCAUUACCCCACAUAAGCCAGGAGGCUGUACUCCACCACCUGCAAAUGAAAGCCAGCAUGGCUGGGGAGCCCGGUAUGCCCACCUCUCACUCUGAGGGCCUUCUCCACCGAGGCCUUCAACAGCAGAGGCCUGAUGACAGUCUCAAGCGCUCCAGUGCAGAUGUGGAAGUGAUCUCUCCCCGCAGCCCUCACAACAAAGAUGCCAUGGUGACCUUUAGCUACACCCUUCCUAGGGUCCACACCCCCCAAGCCAUGGCAGCGUAUGAGGAAGCAGCCAGACGUCAUGCUGCCACUAUGCACCACGCCUCUAUGGACUCCAGCCGCUCAAAGCAGCUUCUGUCUCAAUGGAAAAGUAAGAACAAUAACCAUAAAUGCUCCCUGCAGGUCCCAGACUCCUUCUCCUCCUCUGUAGACUCGUCAUCUGGCCAGUCCUCCCAGCAUCCACACCACCAUGGCAGCAUGGAGCUACGAUCCAGCUCUGAGCCAUCAGCUAUGGGCCUGAAUGGAGGCUUUGACAGUCAUGCAUACAUGUCCAAAUUGGCUACAGGUACUAGUACCACCCUGCCCAGUAACUGUAGUGGCAUCACUGGAGGAACCAGAAUAUCCAUGCAAUCCAGGCCUGGGUCCUCACAGCUUGUCCACAUACCAGAGGAAGCUCAUGAAAAUUACAACACCGCCUCCCCAAGGAUGGGGGUGGGAGGAGGAAUUGAGGGGAUGUCAACAUUAAAUAGCACAUCUCAGGCUAACUGGCAAAGGGCAGCAGAGAAGACAACAGCCUGCAGGACUAAUGAUAACGGGCAGAACACCCAGCCAAGAAUCAUGCAAGUGAUUGCUAUGUCCAAGCAGCAGGGCCUACUACAGACACAUUCCAAGAGCUUAGAUGAGAGCAGCAUUGGCUGCAGCACCACUGGGAGUUGCCAGGGCUCUGCUCGCUACAGAGGGCUAACCGAUCAAGACCCCACUAGCACCACCGGGCCAAGUUCACUUGGUAGUACCACAGGCAGUAUUUCAGGGAGUACUGGUGCAAUUGUCAGAGUUGAAGCCCACCCUGAACACAACAGGCCGGUGAUUCAAGCUCCGUCCACAGAUGGAAGUGGAUCAUGGAGAUGGCGGUCUCUGGAUCAUGGCACUGGAGUUGGGGGAGGUACAGUGACUAAUGGAGCAGGAGGAGGAGGAUCAGGAGGAGGAGGUGUGAGUUUGAAGCAGUCUUUUGAGCUUAAUGAUCUAAACAGAGACUCAGAAAGCUCAGACUCUUUACGUGAAGGGUCUAUUGACAGGAAGCACGCCAAUCACAUCGUCACCACCACCACUACCACUGUUAGCACCCCACCCAUAGUUACUGUUCAUACCCAGAACACCAGUCAGUCAGAGCAACGGCUCCACCCGCAGGGCCUCUCUACUAUAAGGGUCACUCCAGGGGAUGGUAGUGGUUCUGGAGGUGGUGGUGGAGGGGGGGGAGGAGACACCACCUCAGAAACCCCCUCGGUUGCUUCCAGUCGCGAGUCUACGCUACGUAGAAAAGGCAAUAAUAUCAUCCUGAUUCCGGAGAGAGCCAACAGUCCUGAUAACGCCCGGAACAUUUUCUACAAGGGAACGUCGAUCACUCCUGUUUUCAAGGACUAACUCUGGAAAUGAACGGAAACUUCUGAGAAGAUGUAGCUAAUAACAUAAGACUUUCAGAGAACCCCAUAUCUGUGACGACGGUCAGUAUUACCUGCCAUUGUAUAUAUCAUAAUAACUUGAAAAGAAACAGUUUUAUUCAGCAUGAGAUUUUUGUACGUGUUUACACUAAAUCACAACCUUUUAAGUGUUGUAGAAAUAAUCACUGUGUACUUUUGUGGUCACUCCUAACAACACCUAUUGUAACCUACUGAUGCUGUGCCAGUGCUUUGGGAAUAGGAGAACCUUUUUUAAACAGUUUGUUUUGGAUAUAAAUCAUUAGAAAAAAGCCACUUGCACAGUAACAUUCAAACUGUAGCAAAAGCAUCAAAUACAGCAAAAAUAGUUGUAUCAUACUGUAGCUGUGAAACCAGUGUUUACUUCCCUGCACUGUAAAUGCUGUGUAUGUUUGAAAAGGGUGCUACGCCAGAAAAUACUAUUUACUAUACAACAUACUGUACAAUUUGAAUAGAUAAAGAAUGAAUUAUUUUACAAAGAGUGAACAACAUUAAUAUGUGACAGAGAUAUGUUUUGUAUUUUGUCUCUUACUGUACAGAUACCACAUACUCAACAGAAUACUGUUUUUACCAUAAGUGUGCUUAGCAUUCCUUCUGUAGCUAUGAAGUCAAAUAUGCUGUUACUUGCACUGAAAUAUGAGUUUACUGUACCUUGCAUACUGUAAACCCUGACCUUAUCUUUAUAUCCUGUACUUACAUUUUGAUGUCCAUGUCAGUUCCAUAUCUACAGCACAAAGAGCAGUAAAACAAACUGUAAUAUUAUGCUUCUUUAUAUCAUAGGAGAAAUAGUACAUUUCCCAAACUCGCUGCAAUUUGCCAGGUUUCAUCUUUGUAGCUUUCUUUGACAUGGUUAAGUGACUGGCAGUUGCAGCACUUCCAAAGCUUGGAUGGGCAUUAAACAAUCCCACUUAUAUCACUAAAGGUGCCACAACAAACCAUAAGAAAAAUUACUUCUCAGAAACAAAAUUAAAAUUGUUCACCAAAACAUGCACUUGUCACAUUGUGGCAGGAUGCUGGCGUUGCUGCAGUUUACAGUGGGAAUAAAACACUACUACUCUUUGCAACCACAGCUGGUUGGGGAUGUGUUUAGCCUAGCUUAGCAUAAGUUCCAAAAGUUGCAUCGUCAUGAUUCACAAGUUGCUGGAAGCUUUUUCACUUCAGGAUUGGCUUCCAGUUUCCCCUUUCCUCUGGUAUAUCGAGAGAGAGAUGAGACUGUUUCUGGUUCAGGUAACAAACAAACAUUCCCCAAAACAUUGCAAUGUUUCUUUAAUCAUCUUUUCUUAAGGUAAGACUUAGCUCAUUCCUUUAGACGCUGUGUGAAGCACUGUGCUCACCAUCGUAGCAAAAAUUAAACUUGAUUUGUCGUAGCACACAUUUAAAGGUGGUACUUGUAGCAUUAAUACCUCAGUAUAAUUAUCAUCAUAAGAUGAAAACUUUGACAUCUUUGGCUUUGCUGAACAGAGAAAGCAUGUAACAGAUGAUUUUGGUUUUAGCACUCCUCCUUCAUCAUCUGCUGUAUGCACUGGAAGAACAGCACCUUCUUCCAGCUUUGUGCUGUAAUUUCCAUUUGUGCCAUAAAGCAACCAGCAGAUUUUCUACCAAAACCAACCCAGUGUGUAAAAUGUGAGUGUGAGGCCAGUAGAGGCUGCCAGAUCUCUAAAAGAAAAUCUGGUUUGUUUAUGCUGAUCAUAAUUGUGUUUGUUUUUUGCAUUAAUCCAUAGAGGAUCGUGACUGUUUGUCGGUUGAGGAAUUUAAAAAAACGUUGUUUACAGUAUUUCCAUGAUGAUGCAUAUCAUUAAUUAGUAUCUCAGUGGUUAUAUAAGCACCCACUGUAUAUAAAUUCAGUUUGAUACAAGCACUUCAGAAUUGGCAUUAAUUGUCCCAUGACUAUAUUUUGCCAAGGUGACUGUGAGAAAAUUUGCCAAAGCUCGCAUUUUUCAUUGGAAAAGAACAGGAAUCAUCUGAUGUAAUUUUUUGUAUUUGUAUAGCAAGCCUGCAUUAUAUUGUACAUGAGUAAUUCUAUAGCCCAGUAACAUUUGCAUGGUCACUUUUAUAUAGUGCAUAUCACAAAAUAUUUGAUCAUAAAUAUACUUUUAUUUGACCAGUAUGUUGUUUUAUUCAGUGUUUCAUAGUGAAAGUUAUAUGACAAUCUUUUGAAUCUGUACUGUUCAUGUCAUCACUACAGUCUGCAGCAUCAUGUUCAUCUGAACUGUGUACAUAAUUUAACAAACAUGUAAAGAAGAUGGCUGAGCUUUUGAUUCCGGUGAAUCAAACUCUUAAAAAGAACAUAUUUAUUUUUAAAGUAAUCCAAAUGGAUUGAAUAUUUUAAAUACAGUCUCUUUUUUUUAGUUUAUUUAAACUGUUAAAAGUGUUGAGUGUAUCGGUGCUCCCAGCACUAAAAUCACUGAUUUGUUUUUUGUACAAUAAUUGAGUUAUGGUUCAGUCGGCUCUCAAAGUGUCAAAAUGUGAAACAUGAGAGAAACGUUGUGAUUUCAUUACAGGAAUGUUUCAUUUGUUAUUCCUUUGACUUCAGACAUGCUUGCUAGAUUAGCCAAUAGUUAUGUUCUUCACUGUCCUGUAUAAUGUUUGAUGCAAACCUUAGAAAGAUAAUGUGUUUCAGUGGCUCGUCCUCAAGAGUGACAUAUUUCAUUCAAAUGUUUUCUGUUGAAUUUAUAUUUGCACAGCAUGAUAUGACCACAGUCAUAAAUGUUAAAGUACAACAAAGCUGAGUAAGAAUUAGUGUUUCUUGAGGAGGAACAACCAAAUGAGCGCCGUGCUGUGGCGAUGGCCGUGAAAACAAUUCAGUGGUACUAUCUUAACAUCUCCUGUGAAAAGACCAAAACCAACAAUCCUCUUCUACUGAAGACAAACAUCUUGAAAAGAAUUUGGGGACUAUUUUCUAGCAGAGAAAUAUUUUGGGCAGAAAGAUGGUGUGUGUGUGUAAUGUGUGUUAAUGAAGGAACAAUUCAGCCAGCGAAGCUCAUUGAUGUGAAGACCAGAUUCACACAGUGCACUUGUUAGUAGGAUACAUUCAUUGUUGGUUUGGUUCUUUGUGAGAUUUGAUGACAUUAAGAGAAAUAUCAGCAGAUCAAACCUGCAGAUUGAUGCAAAUCAGUGACACUAUACUGAUGCUUUUUGGCUAGUGUUAAGAAAACCUACAACCCAACAUACCUUCUGAGACCUUCAAGAUGAUACAAACAGUAUUCAUUCAUUCAAGAAUAAUAUUUCAUAUCCUCCUCUUCACAGUGGACAUAACAAAGAAAACUGCCUUUUUGCUCUCUUUACACAGUACAUGAUAUAUAUGAAACCAUCCUGUGUGACAUCACGUGAUCAUCAAAGUUGAACUUGCAUGACGUGAGGGUGCAAAAAAAAAGCAAGUAACAUUCUUUAGAUCGAAGCCUUAACAUUGUCCAUGCUCCCUUUAGGAUGUCACACGGUAACAAAACCCUCCCAGACUAACAUAUUUAACAUAUCAAUUGGGUAAAAAGAGAAAAGAUGUGACGUGCAUACUUCUAAUGUUUGAAAUGAUUUGUCUGAUUUAGUCUGUCCUGAUGAAGGCCUAUGAAAUCAAAGAGUGUAAUAUGACACAUGAGUAGAAAUGUAGAUCCAAUGGAUAGAACUGUGAAUGGAUGCUCUCGCUGCAUGUGUAGCCUCUUGUGUUGUCUCUGGAUUAAUUAUUAAUGUCUUCUGAUACUGUGAUCAGCUGUGUAAAUUCUAUACAGCAAGAAAAAAAAGAAACUGUAAAUGAACUUUCCAUCAUUUCAGUUCAAAAAGAAAAAAAGGCUCAAUAGUUACGUUCUUGUGUAACAGUAAAAUAGCGUGGUGUGGAUUGUUGAAGACGGUUGGAUAUAGCAAUCACACUGAGUAUUCAGAGCACGUUGAUCAGGGUAGAUGACAAAUUGUGCAUUGUCUAAAUGAUUGGAAUAAAUGUUUGCUAUUGAA